AUGGCCGACUCGAACAUGAGCUACAUGUACACUGCCACGGCUUAUGCCGCCCUGCUGGGCCUUGGCUUUGCCAUCUAUCAUGUUUCCACCAAAAAAGCCAACGGAAGAACUGCGGCCAAUCCCCCACGCAUUGCAAGGACCCGACAAAAUGAGCCACGCAGGGAGGAUAGAAAGAAAAAGCAACGCCUAGAGACCUUCACCUCUGAGGCCCAGGAAGCCUCCAAGGCCAAAGCUCGAACCAAUGCUGCCGCUGGGCCCCCUCCGGCUCAAUCCUCUGUAGACGAUACGCCAGACGAUGGGGUGGACAAUCGCGAAUUCGCCAAGCUGUUGGCAAAGGCCAAGGAAGGCAAGAAGUUUAGCCACAAUACGGAGGGAGGCAAGCACAAGGAAAAGUCUGUCAAGCAGUCCCGGGCGAACCAGCUGUAUAGCAACGUUGUCCAGGAGAAGCCGACGGAUACCGGUGCCGAGGCCGAUGAUGAUCGGUCCUCAGUCGAGUCCCCAGUCGAGUCUCCUCAGGAGUCUCCAGAAGCUCGCCCCGUGGAUGCCUCGGGCAUCAGUGAUAUGCUUGAGCCUGCCGCUGCUGGCCCUUCUGUCCUGCGGAUUACCGACGCGGACAAGCAAAAGGAGAAGCUCAAGACAACCAAGGCACCUCAAAAGACGGAAUCCAAGAAACAACGGCAAAAUAGAAAGAAGGCGGAAGCUGCCAAGCAAGCACGUGAAGAGGCAGAGAAGGAGCGCAGGGUCUUGGAGGAGAAGCAGCGACGAACUGCACGCAUAGCUGAGGGACGGCCGGCCAAAGAUGGCUCCCAGUUCAAGCCCACCAACGGCGACAGCUCCUGGGCCAAAGGCGGUCCCAAUGGAACUGGUGCCAAGCCCGUCGAGAACGGUGAAAAGUCCUUGCACCAGCCUCUGGAUACCGUGGACAAGGCGGCAGGUGAAGUCAAGAGCCAACAGGCCCAAGCACGGUCCGAGAAUUCGUGGAUUACCUCUCUUCCCUCUGAGGAGGAACAGCUCGAGAUGCUCAAGAACGACGCUGACGAGUGGAGCACUGUCCCAGCCAAAUCCUCUCGGAAGAGCAAGAAAAGCUCUGGCGGCUCUGGGGACGAGGCGCCCAAGCAGCCAGCUGCUCAAACCGACAAACCCACGCCUACACCUGCACCAGCGCCAAAACCGACAUCCAAGUCUGGUGCUCCUCAGAGCUUCGGUGCGUUCUCAGCACUCGAUGACGGUGCAGCCGAAGAGGUAGAGGAGGAGUGGGACGUCUAA